AUGUCUUUGCCUCGUUCAGUAGUGCCUCUGGAAUCUAAUCCAGAAGUCUUCACAAGAUUCGCUCAUGAGUUGGGAUUAUCGCCAGAAUACGCAGUUCAUGACAUUUACUCGCUGACUGAGCCGGACCUGAUGGCCUUUUUACCACGCCCCAUGAAAGCAAUUGUCUUGUUGUUUCCUAUCAACGAUGUUUACGAGUCUUCCAAGGAUACAUCGACUCGCAAUGAAGGUGCCUCACAGGCCUCACCAAUUUGGUUCAAACAAACGGUUAAAAAUGCUUGCGGAUUGUAUGCUCUACUGCACUCUCUGGCGAAUAACCCAGAUACUCUGCAAGAGAACUCCAAAAUCUCCCACUUUCUAUCGUCAAAUCCUAGGCCCGACAAUAGGUUUGCCGACGAGAAAACAGACGAAUUUAUCGUAUCCAUAAGCGAACUGUACAACAAGAACUCGUCAUAUGGCCAAACCGCUGUGCCACAAGCAGAAGACGAAGUAAACCUUCAUUUUAUCACGUAUGUCAAGUCGGGGGAUUACAUUUUCGAGAUGGAUGGCCGGAGAAACGGCGCUAACCUUUUGGGCACGUCCUCGUCCCAAGAUCUGCUGGAAGAGCCACUUGUCCGGGAGAGGGUUGAGUGGUACAUGAAUAAUGCUGACGAGAAUAUGAAGCUAAGCUUUUCGCUUUUAGGUCUAGCGCCUUCGUGGGAUUGA